AUGGUGGGGCUGCCGUACGAUUGUCUAUCAAACCCACUGGGAGCCGUACGAUUGACGUUUGAGAAGGCAGUGGCUUCGGGAUCUGACCCGGCCUCUUUUGACGGCAAGGAUUGGGGCGCCUCCGAUCUCUUCCAUGACUUUCUUUUCGAUAACGGUGGCCUCUCUCAGGUGCCGAUGCUUAAUCCCUCAACUUUAAAAUGGGUUCAGCCUAAUACUUUGGUUCGGUUCCGUGGUAUGAUCCAAGACAUGCUGGGUAAUGAAUUUUAUGUUGGUGCUCACAAGGAUGGGGAUACUUGGAGAACCAAUAAAUUCACAGACACCGCUCAAUUCCCCAUGGCUCCUUCAUCUGAUAUGCGGAUAUGGGAGCGUCGUUUGCUUUAUUGUGUUCCUGUCCCGGGACAGAAUUCAUGGACCGACUUUUCUCCUGAAGCUGUGAAAAAUCCAUAUACCAACUCUUUAUCUCCACAAAGGGAGAAACGGCAGAGGGAGGAUGAUGCAACUAUUACUGAUGUAGACAUGCAAGAUUCGUGUCAUGAGCUUCAGGCUUCUCCAAGUGCUAAAAAAAUGAGGGAGGAUGAAAUGGAGUUUCAGCUUUUGAAUUCACAGAAGACUGCAACUGAGGAAACUUCUUCAAAUGCAAGUUUGGUGCUUGACGCUGAAAGAAAGUCAUUUCCCUGUCUAGUGAAGAUAUAUGAUACUCCAGAGACCGACUUGAAGCUGAAUGAUGUUUUUGAAUUUGUUGGCAUCUUCACUUUUGAUCCAGAUCUUACUGCAGAAAAAGAUGAUAGUGAUGAAUUAGCGCAUGAGUUUGGUGAAGAUGUAUUAGUUCACAUGCCUCCUAGCAAGGUACCUCGGCUUCACUGUCUUGUACACAGGAAGCUUGCAAUUAAUGAUUUUCUUUCAGUUUGUCCAACAUUUGAGUUAAAAUCUAAUGCAGUAAAAGAACUAAGGGAAGCUCUGCUUGGACAUCUUACUGCUGUUCUUGGAAAUGACAGGGUGGCAGCUCAAUACAUGUUAUUGCACCUAUUAUCCAGGGUGCAUGCUAGGGUGGAUACAAUUGCUGUUGGGAAGCUGUCACUAAAUCUUACUUGCUUUAACAAGGAGAGCACAUCUGUUUUUGGCAAUCGUCUUAAACUUGCAAUAGAGGACCUUCUACCUUUUACCCAUUAUUUGCCUCUCACGAUAGAACGUCUCAAUACCGUUUCACUUUCCCCAAAAAAGGAUUACAAUACAAACAGGCUGGUAUCUGGCGUUCUGCAGCUAGCCGAGGGUUCUCACUUAACUAUGGAUGAGACUGAAUUGCAAGCUGGGACCCUCAACUCAAUUGGCGUUGAAAAUGCAAGAGUGUUAAAAAGCUUGAUGGAGUCGCAAAAGGUGGAAUAUGACUUUAAAUACUAUAAAAUGGAGAUGGCUGCAGAUGUUCAACUGUUGAUCCUUUCUGAUGGGAAAUCUAACCUUCUGCCUGCUGAUCUAGUUCUCCCUUUUCGACCAUCCUCAGUAGAUUCACCUUCAGCAGUGGACGCAGAUACGCUGAAAACUUGGAGAUGGUACUUGGCUACCAUGCAACCACUUCCUCAUUCUAUUGAGCCAGAUAUGCAGAAGGUGGUAGAAGAUGAUUUAGUAGCGGCAAGGCAAGCUGACCGAAGCUUAGGCAGUCAAGAUCUUAGCAGAUGGCUGACAAUGGGCCGCCUACUAUCGACCAGUUUUGGUGAAACCUCUUUGACAAUGGAACAUUGGCAAAUGGUGAAGGAACUUGAGCGACUCAGAAGGGAGAGACUUCAGGGAAGUAUGUAA